GGGCCGGCGCGAUGGGGUCGGCCGACUCCAAGCUGAGCUUCCGGAAGGCGGUGAUCCAGCUCACCACCAAGACGCAGCCCGUGGAAGCCACCGAUGAUGCCUUUUGGGACCAAUUCUGGGCGGACACAACCACUUCCGUGCAGGAUGUCUUUGCACUGGUACCGGCGGCCGAGAUCCGGGCUGUGCGGGAGGAGUCACCCUCCAACCUGGCCACGCUAUGCUACAAGGCCGUGGAGAAGCUGGUGCAGGGCGCCGAGAGCGGCUGCCACUCAGAGAAGGAGAAGCAGAUCGUCCUGAACUGCAGCCGGCUCCUCACCCGCGUGCUGCCCUACAUCUUCGAGGACCCCGACUGGAGGGGCUUCUUCUGGUCCACAGUGCCCGGUGCAGGGCGAGGCGGGGUAGAGGAUGAUGAUGAGAAUGCCCGGCCCCUGGCCGAGUCCCUGCUCCUGGCCAUCGCCGACCUGCUCUUCUGCCCAGACUUCACGGUCCAUAGCCACCGGCGGAGCACUGUGGACUCGGCAGAGGAUGUCCAUUCCCUGGACAGCUGCGAAUACAUCUGGGAGGCCGGCGUGGGCUUCGCUCACUCCCCUCAGCCCAACUACAUCCACGACAUGAACCGGAUGGAGCUGCUGAAGCUGCUGCUGACCUGCUUCUCGGAGGCCAUGUACCUGCCCCCCGCUCCGGAGAGUGGCAGCACCAACCCGUGGGUGCAGUUUUUUUGUUCCACGGAGAACAGACACGCCCUGCCCCUCUUCACCUCUCUCCUCAACACCGUGUGUGCCUAUGACCCUGUGGGCUACGGAAUCCCAUACAACCACCUGCUCUUCUCCGAUUACCGGGAACCCCUGGUGGAGGAGGCUGCCCAGGUGCUCAUUGUCACCUUGGACCACGACAGUGCCACCAGCGCCAGCCCCACCGUGGAUGGCACCACCACAGGCACUGCCAUGGAUGAUGCUGAUCCCCCAGGGCCUGAGAACCUGUUUGUGAACUACCUGUCCCGCAUUCAUCGCGAGGAGGACUUCCAGUUCAUCCUUAAGGGCAUAGCCCGCCUGCUGUCCAACCCCCUGCUCCAGACCUACCUGCCCAGCUCCACCAAGAAGAUCCAGUUCCACCAGGAGCUGCUGGUCCUCUUCUGGAAGCUCUGUGACUUCAACAAGAAAUUCCUCUUCUUUGUGCUGAAGAGCAGUGAUGUCUUGGACAUUCUGGUCCCCAUCCUCUACUUCCUCAACGAUGCCCGAGCGGAUCAGUCUCGGGUGGGCCUGAUGCACAUCGGCGUCUUCAUCCUGCUGCUUCUCAGUGGGGAGCGGAACUUCGGGGUGCGGCUGAACAAGCCCUACUCGGUGCGCGUGCCCAUGGACAUCCCGGUCUUCACUGGGACCCACGCGGACCUGCUCAUUGUGGUGUUCCACAAGAUCAUCACCAGCGGGCACCAGCGGCUGCAGCCCCUCUUCGACUGUCUGCUCACCAUCGUGGUCAACGUGUCCCCCUACCUCAAGAGCCUGUCCAUGGUGGCUGCCAACAAGCUCCUGCACCUGUUGGAGGCCUUCUCCACCACCUGGUUCCUCUUCUCGGCCGCCCAGAACCACCACCUGGUCUUCUUCCUCCUGGAGGUCUUCAACAACAUCAUACAGUACCAGUUUGACGGCAACUCCAACCUGGUCUAUGCCAUCAUCCGCAAGCGCAGCGUCUUCCACCAGCUGGCCAACCUGCCCACCGACCCCCCCGCCAUCCACAAGGCGCUGCAGCGGCGCCGGCGGGCACCCGAGCCCCUGUCCCGCACUGGCUCCCAGGAGGGCGCCUCCAUGGAGGGCUCCCGCCCCGCUGCCCCUGCUGAGCCGGGAACCCUCAAGACCAGCCUGGUGGCCACCCCAGGCAUAGACAAGCUGACGGAGAAGUCCCAGGUGGCUGAGGAUGGCACCUUACGGACCCUGGAGCCUGCGCCCCAGCCCAGCUCGGCAGACAGCAGCCCGAGCACGGAGGACCAGGAGCCCAGCCAGGCCUGGCGGGAGCAGCGGCGGCUGUCCAGCGCAUCGGCCAGCGGGCAGUGGAACCCAACGUCGGAGUGGGUGCUAUCCUGGAAGUCCAAGCUGCCCCUGCAGACCAUCAUGCGGCUGCUGCAGGUGCUGGUCCCCCAGGUGGAGAAGAUCUGCAUCGACAAGGGCCUGACGGAUGAGUCUGAGAUCCUGAGCUUCCUGCAGCACGGCACCCUGGUGGGGCUGCUGCCCGUGCCACACCCCAUCCUCAUCCGCAAGUACCAGGCCAACUCGGGCACCGCCAUGUGGUUCCGCACCUACAUGUGGGGCGUCAUCUACCUGAGGAAUGUGGACCCACCCGUCUGGUACGACACGGACGUCAAGCUGUUUGAGAUCCAGCGGGUGUGAGGACGGCGGGCUGCAGGGAGUGGUCAGCAGGGCUGGCCAGGCCCUGGUCCCCCGACGCCCCGGCCUGCCACUGAGCUUUAAGUGACUGCGAUUCAGGGCCAGGGAGACAGGGUGGUCAUGUCCUGGGUGGCGGCCUCAGGGCCCUGGUGUGGACUGACUCUGCUCGCCGGGGAGCACCACAGGGGCCGCCCGUCUCCAGGGCUGCAGUCACCCCCAGAGCCCUCACCUCGCUCUGGCUCCCCGCAGGCCCGUUCCUGGUCCUCAGUGCCCGCCCAGCUCCUGCGCUGUCCCCUCAGAGGCAACAGAUCACUGUGCCCUCCUGCGGGCAACCCAAUAGGGCCGUGGCCAGUCCCUGGGGGCACGGGGCAGGGAGAGGGGAGUCCUUCCCAGACUGCUAGCCUGAAACCCCCUGGUCCAGGCCAACACCCUCAGGAGGCAGAGGGGCAGUGAGGCUGCUCAUGGGGGGCCAGGGGCUGGUCGACUGCAAAAGCCUGACUAGGGGACCUUGUGCAUUUUAGGGGCUCAAUUGGGGGCUGAAGUUCUCCUGCUAUCUUCUUUCGGGUCAGCAGUUACAACCUGGCUCCCUCUAAUCCGGUAGUUGGGAGAGGGAGGGAAUCGGGGUAGGUGGACCAGGGCGGUCCUCCUGCCCCCGCCCACUGUCUGGAUGGCUGGGAGAGAGCGGCCCCAGGAUGCCACCCUCCUUCCCCCUGGCGCUGGCCCUGGUCUCCCCGCCUCACCUGUGUCAGUACAAUCUUUGCUCUGUACAAUCGAUCUCUUUACACAAUAAAACUGUCUCCAUGAGCUGGCUCU